UUUACUUCUAUCAAAUGUAGCAUGACAACUGAGAAUCCUAAGUAUAUUCUAACAAACCACAGAGGUCAUUCAAUUCUAGAUCAGCCAGGAAGGCACUGUUCAGCUCUGCCGAUGCGUCUUCUCGAAGCCGGAUUUUCUCAUGGUUGGGUGUCUAUGAAAAGGUCCGUUUGGCAUUGCACCAGCAACAUCCAUUAGCUCUAAUCUCCCUCUGCUCUCCGCUUUUGCUCUGCUUCAGCAUAGAUUGGUAGAGGAAUCCGUAAGUCAUGUCUGGGCGUGGGAAGGGAGGCAAGGGUUUGGGGAAGGGUGGCGCCAAGCGUCACCGAAAGGUUUUGCGUGACAACAUCCAAGGUAUCACCAAGCCUGCCAUCCGCCGUUUGGCCCGAAGAGGCGGCGUGAAGCGCAUCAGUGGACUGAUCUACGAAGAGACUCGCAGCGUGUUGAAGAUCUUCCUGGAGAAUGUGAUUAGGGAUGCUGUGACUUACACGGAGCACGCUAGGCGCAAGACGGUGACCGCCAUGGACGUGGUGUACGCGUUGAAGAGACAGGGUCGAACUUUGUAUGGUUUCGGAGGCUAAGCUCAACGUCUGGCUCGGCAUUCUCACAACACCUACCGAUCACUACCCACACAGAUCACCAUUGCUACAGUCCACCAGCGAUGCGGAGGUUCACAGUAUCUAUCUACCCAUCGAACUGUGGCGGAUUUCAACACUGCUCAUCUUCCUGUUAAUGCUCUCUAAGGCAUCAUUGAUGUGUUUCUGACCCACUUGCAAUUUUGGACAAAGCUUUACAGUCUCUAGAUUCUACAGUUAGCAGCACUUUAACGCUGACAAACAUGUUAAUAGAUUCAACUCAGUUUUUGUAUCUUUAACUGAGAAUACACAGAUGCUUUUGUAUUCAAUUGGUUGACAUCAACUCCUGCACUAGCUAAGACUGAUUCCACUUUCAUGUGUUUUUUACGUGGUCCACAGCUGUCAUUUAGUCACAAGUCAAAGCUAGCCGUGAUCAGAUAAGACCGUCCAGGAUAAUGUAGCACGUUUUUGUUCUUUUCGACUUCUGGUCAGAACGACAUACAUUCUGCGUCGAAUUGUACUAUGUCGCCAGUUGAUAUUCAAUCCUUGCAAAUCCGCUCCUGAAUUAUUUCACCUUUUGCAGCGCAAUUGUGAAUUACUCAGCUGUCCUUCACACAUGCGGGUUUUCAAGAUA